CUGGUAUUAUCUCGCCAGUAUAAAUAGAAACAUGCUCAGAGAAGGCACAGGAUGGAAAACUCAUGAUGAAUUGUUAGGGCAUGUUGCGUUUGUUCUGUCAAUGCCUGCAGUCAGAUGAUUUCACUGGCUGUACAGGAUGAAAUCUCAUAUUUCAAUGUAUAAGUAAAAGUGUCAAAGUUCAGCUGAAGCAGGGACGAUUACAGAGCAAAUUUUGUGUGUAUUUGUAGCCAGGGCACCAGAGCAAUAGAAGAAGCCAAAAUGAGCCGGAAAAACAAAAGGAGUUUAAAGGAGAAAUUUGCCUUGAAGAACAGCUUGGUUAAAGAAGCCCUUUCAGAAUUCCUGGGAACUUUUAUACUGAUAGCACUUGGAUGUGGGUGUGUGGGGCAGGCCGUCCUCAGCCGAGGAGCUCAUGGUGGGACCAUGACAGUAUCAGUUGGAUUUGCAAUGGCAGUCACCAUAGCAGUGUAUGUGUCUGGUGGAGUUUCUGGUGGCCACAUAAACCCUGCUGUUUCAUUAGCCAUGUGUGUGGUUGGAAGAUUAAAAUGGACCAAAUUGCCAAUUUACAUAUUAGCACAACUCCUGGGAGCAUUUGUUGGAGCAGCGGCUGUCUUUGGGAUUUAUCACGAUGCCUUUAUGGAGUAUAGCAACGGAACACUUGAAGUCACAGGACCUUAUGCAACAGCACAUAUCUUUGCAACGUACCCAGCUCCAUAUCUAUCCCUCAUAAAUGGAUUUGCAGAUCAGGUGAUGUCAACAGCUGUUCUUCUUCUGGUUAUAUUUGCUAUUUUUGACACCAGAAAUACCGGAGUACCAAAGGGCCUGGAGCCAGUUGUAGUAGGACUGCUUGUAAUCCUUCUUACUUGCUCUUUGGGAAUGAACAGCGGCUGUGCCAUGAAUCCAGCCAGGGACCUCGGCCCCAGGCUCUUCACAGCUAUUGCAGGAUGGGGAAUGGAAGUAUUCACGGCUGGAAAUAAUUGGUGGUGGGUCCCUGUAGUUGCACCUAUGCUGGGAGGAGUACUUGGAGCUCUUACCUAUAUAGUUUUUAUCGAAAUUCAUCACUCAGAUAAUCAACAAGGAGAAGAAAAGGACGUAUAUGAUAAAUACGAACUGACAAACAUGUAGCAAGAAAUUAAGAAUUUUCUUUCUGUUUUUGUUUAUAGCUUUUAAUGCAAAUGAUUCUUUGGACCAUUUUGUGAAACCCAUAUGUCUCCAUUAGAAAUCCACACUAAAAAGCAAAAAAAAAAAAAAACAACUAUAUAGAAAACAAGCUCAAAACUGAUCUCUGCCCUUGAAACAUAGGGCUGACCGCAUUCAAAUUUGGGAAUGAAAUUACUGGAGGGAGACAUGAAAUGUUGUUCUUUUCGUACAGUAAUCAGAGCCAGUUAUCUCCUACGUGAAAUUGUAAGAUGAUACACUGCUCUGUUAAUUCAACACAGAUGAUCUUAAUCAUGCUUCCUAAUUAACUGAAAAUAGAUGAGAUUGUUAUGAAACUGCUUGCAAAGGUAGUUAAUUGGAUCAGUGCUGAAUUAAUAUCUAAGAGCACAUCUCACUUCUUAUUGCUGUUACUUAAGAAUGGUUUGUCUGGAAAGAAAAAAGCAAGAUCUGAACUGCCUAAACAUCAAGUGAGUAGUUUUAAAUAACUUACUAAAUUUUUAUGCAGCUGCUGGUUGGACAGUGAAGAAUCAGCUCAUCAGUGAAGCAGCUUAGUAAUUCAGAAUAUGAACACAAAAGCUGAAAAAUUGUUAUGGGAUCAACACCAAAUAGACAAAGCUGUACUUCUGCACGGGUUUUUUUGGGAAAUAACAUCCAGUUAUUUUUACUGCUUACUUGACCUUUAUGUUACUCAGUAUUGAAAACUUAACCUAGAAUAUUAAUCUCAACCUGUCCUGCUAUGCUUUCUGGAUAAAUUUCACUCCUGUGGAGAUGGGCCAGCAGUAGAGAUUUAUACUUACACAGGGGUUAGCACAAGGCCUAUGUCUGUCUAAGCUUUAAGGAGGUCUGCUGCUGCUGAUCUACAUGGGAAGACUUCAUCUGCUUAGUAGGAGAAAUUUUUAUUUUGGUAGCAAUAAUCACAGUUAGAAACUGAUCUCUUACCUACUCCUGGAUCUGAAUUCCUCAUGGAAGGUCAGCUCAACAUCAGAAUUGUGAAGCACAGGUUCUGUCUGGCUAAACAGAAGUGGUUAGAUAUAUACUGCUUCCUAAAUACUUAGCUGCUUUACAUCAGGAUCAUGGUCAAGUUUAACCUUUGAAAAAUGAAGUUAUUUCUGCUUGAUCGUUGUGAAUUUAAUGUAUCCAAUACAUUCUAACUUCCUUUCUAAUAACAUGCGUACGUAUAUAUAUGCACAAAGUUGGUGGUGGUCAUGAAUAGAUAGACAUCCACUUCGGUAAUGCUCCUGAACUAUGUUCAAGGCAAAGCUCCAGGGUACUGAUCAAUACAUCCACUUUGGGGCUCUAUUCCCUUUGGAUUUCUGCAGGUCUGCUCCCUAGAAUUCCACUCUAUUUUCUCAUUUCAUUCCUGAAGAAAAGAACCUUUCAUAUGCUCAGUAACAACCUGUGCACUUCAGUGUGAUAUCCACAGAGGUGAUUUGGAAAAAACACUGUGAUCAGAAUCAGCAUCAGAAUUUGGGCAGGCCAGGCCUGUGUCGCUGUAUGUCUUUCUGCUCUCCGGUGUGCCACGCCAAAUUAAUGGCAGCACAGUUAUAGAAUUAGCAGCUCAAGCAAAGCUUUGCUUGCAACAACUCUGAAGUCAUAUGAUGCUGUAUGCAUCAAAACAUUGAUGAUUAUUUAAAAAGCCACAAUAACAAAAGGGGAAGUUUCAGAGAGUCAAUCCUCCAUUUAUCUGAAACAAGGCAAAAUGCAGGAGAAUGAAGAGUACAAUGUGGAAAUUAUUCUUAACUGCAGAACUUACAUUGGCAGCAUAGACAAGCAAGUUCAUCUGUCCUGUAUACACUGCACUACAUAAAGCCAGGUGCUGCGUAAAAGUGAUUUAGAUCUGUUCCAAUGGAAACAGAACCACCUUUACUUCUUCCUUGCAGGGGGCACUCCCUUGCUCCUUAGUGGUGUCUGACAGCAGCAGUCUAGCUGACUGCUGGCCAUCUGUGUCUGAGCAGAGCAUGCAAAAGGUAAGAACAGCCUGAGGGCUGCCCUCAGAGCUGAAAGACAGUUGCUCUUCCACUAAUGCCAACAGCUUAUAUUAAACAUCUGUGCAGGAAAAUAAAAAUAGACAAACAGAUAAUUACCCAAAUAAACUGCCUACACUGGUUUUCAUCCAAAACUGUAAGAAUCAGGUUUUAUCAUUUACUCUGCUAGAAUUUGACAUAGGCAGUAAGCUUUAUAUACCUUACAGUACUGCACCCUUUAAUAUGGCAUAGAAAACAGGGAAAAAGAGGAAUACAAGUGAGAAAUGCGUAAGGGAUAUUUUGUUUAUACCAUGUGCCGAGUGACCAACCCACACUUGCUGCAUGUCUGUUGAUCAAGGUAUAUGACAUUGUCAUAAUUUUCUCAAAAUCCUUCUGAGUAGAAGAGGUUCUGCCUGUAAAUCAGCAUGAAAUCUUGUUUAUCCUACUUAUACCAUUCCUAUGCUAGGAAUUGCUAGAUAAACUACAUCUACUUUUCUAAAAUUAUCAACAUGCUAGUUGUAAGUGGUGACACUGGUAUGACAGCACAGAAAUAUCUAAAAUAGGCUCUCAACUAGGUGAUGUUAAUUCUGUUUGCUUAAGAAACUCAUUUGUGAACUUGAUCACAGAAUAAGUUCAAAAAUCCUCUUAGUACCAAUACUGCAAUGCACACUGUUAUCACAAAAGCCAGAAUUGUACCUAUGUACCACAUCAGACCUACCUCAGAUAUAACAGUUCUCAUUUUUAACACUACAAAUUAAUUGCUAUUUCAGGAACAAAACUCAUCAGAAUCUUAACUACAGAGCUGUGAUCUGAGUAUCUUCAUAAUGAAAUGGGAACAAGAAUUAUCAUCCCAUACUCUAAGCUUCCGCAGAUAUCAAGAUCAGUUCUGUGCAAAACAAAAAAUACUAACCUGCAUAAACUAUGCAAUUUUUUAAUAUUAACUGAUAUUCAGUGGUGCAGUCUUACUGAAUUGUAGUAGAGUUGGCAACAAGAAACAUUUUCCAGCUGUAAUUUAUCCUGGUUAAUAGUGAUGAGGCUUGUUCAUAUUAAUGUUGAAAAAAAUUCAGCGCACUGCUCAAUUUUCAGUUUUUGUUUGUUCUUUUUGGGGCAAUAUGUUUAUUCUCUAGAGCUAAACUUAGCACUGAAAUAAUUUGGAGAGGCAUCUCGCAAAUAGCACUGGGUUGAAGGUUGGCUAAUGCAUGCUUUUUCAUAGAAGCUAGUGCAAUUAUUCACAAUGGGAGGCAAUAUAGGUGUUUGGAGAAUCAAGCUCAGAGUAUUGCAGAAACUAUUUUCUUGUAGUUUUGACUGUGGAUUUGGAUCAAUGUCUUGUUGUUCAAAAUAAAUACAGUCAAUCCCUAUAAA